UAUUUAUAGAAGCAGGAAGGUCCUUCGAAACGUUAACAAAUGGAAAGUAGAUAAUAAAUUGAAUUGAAUGACGAUUGUUCGAUCUUAAAGUAAAAAGAUGGCAAGUGGAGGUGAUUAUGAAUUUGAACUAGGGGAGACUUUAGGAGAAGGAGCCUUUGGCAAAGUAUACUUGUGUUCUGACAAAAAUGAACGAAACAAAAAGUAUGCUAUGAAGGUAAUUGACCUGACAAAAUCAACAGAUGAUGAACGUGAACUGGCAGAAAAAGAAGCAAGUUUGCUGACAGAUUUACAGCAUGAAUUUAUUCUACAUGCAGUAACAUCAUUUCAAGACAAAGGUGCAUUAUGUAUAGUGACGGAAUUCUGUGAUCAGGGCGAUUUGUCACAAUUUCUGGAAAGAAGGUGUGGGAAAUCUUUAGAUGAACAACGAAUUGUAGAGUGGUUUAGACAGAUAUGCAGUGCAUUAAAGUACCUGCACAGCAGGCAUGUUUUACACAGGGACAUGAAAACACAGAAUGUCUUCCUGACGGGUGAAGAUAUGACAGCAAAACUUGGUGAUCUUGGAUUGGCCAAAGUGCUGGAGAGACCCACAGCCAAAGCUGUGACCUUCUGUGGCAGCCCCUACUACAUGAGUCCUGAAAUCUUUGCCUGCAAACCCUAUGACUCCAAGAGUGACAUCUGGGCUAUGGGUGUGUGCGUUUAUGAAAUGGCUACGUUGGAACGACCGUUUGAUGCCACACUUAUGCAGCAACUAGUGUUUAAAAUUGUACAUGGUCAGUUACCUCCCAUGCCUAAGGAUAAAUAUAGUCCUCAGUUGAUAAGCCUGAUGGAGAGAAUGAUGUGUCGGGAAACAGACAAGAGACCGUCAGCGGAUGAUCUCCUGAAUGAUGUCCUCUUCAAAAAUCAUGUGAUACCAAAGACACCUCCUACUUUACCUCAGGGUAAGGGAGCUGGGGGCAUGUCUAUGAGAGGGAACCCCAUUCUUAUUGGUGCCCUCAAUCAGUCUCGGAAGGAUAAGUUUGACAUGUCAGAGCUGAUGGAAACACUCAAUGAAAAGGCAAACCAGGAGAAAAAGAAGAAGAAACACAAAGCUGCCAAUGCAGAUAAAUUUAGCUCUAUUUUAAAUACAGCAAAUGUUUCCAACAAAUUUCUGGCCUCGAACUAUGAUGACAUGGAAAAGACAGUUACAGACAAGACCAUGAAGAAAGGUUUACACGAAAAAGGAAAAUUUGCCAAGAACCUUCCUGCCAAGGCCUCAGUGACUAGUGCCUCAGACAUUUCAUUGGAAGAUGAUGACCUUGAGAGCACAAUGAAGGCGGAUCAGGCAAGAGCUGCCCUCCCACCUCCUCCUGAUCCACUUAAAAUGAUGAAUUUAGUAGUCCGUACCCUGACACAGGUGUUUCCUAAGGAUGGACAAGGAGGAAGUGAAGGGGCUCUAAGUAUACCAGAUUCCACGAAAAUGGACCCAGAAUCAAUGUUGUUACAUCAAAUUGAACAGCUGCAAAAACACUGUUGUGGGGUAUUAGGUUAUCCACUUUUUGCGAGGGCAUACGACCUCCUGGAUCAGACAGAUGACAAUAUGAAGCUAGAGGAGAAGCUGAUUAGGCUCCUGACACCAGAGAAGUUUGCCGUGGUGGGGGUUCAGCUGUUUUAUUGCAAGAACUUUGAAUACAAUCUGAACAAACUCAAAGAAGGGGGCGGACAUUCAGAUGCAUAAUGAAAUAAUAGGGAUGUCUUUUGUUUUUAUGUUAGAAACUGAUUGACUUGGUCAGUAUUACACAAACAAAAAAAUGCACUUCGUCAGGCAAAAAUUGCUAUUUUAUCUUGGUUUUCACAGGCAUGAGAAGAUCAAGAAUUGUGUGAUUGUAUUAUAUUUAACAUUUAAAAAUGAAAGUCAAUGCCUACCCUUCAGAUAAAUUGCUAAGUUUGCUUUGAUAUAGCAUAGAAGGAUAAUUUUUCUUCAUGCAUAAAAUAUAAUUGGAUUUUCGUCUGUUCCUUUGAUGCAGAGAAUUAAAAAAACAUGCAACAUAGUUUAAUACAAUGUUAUGUGUCAGAGAUUAUAAUAAUCUACACAAUUUAUUCAUAUUGUAAUGUUAUAGUAUAUUCUUCUCGUGAACUUUUAAAACUUGAUAUUGAUGAUGAUUAAGGUUGAUAAAAUCAAUCAUAUUUGUUUUUACAUGUUUAGGGAGUUUGGAAAUCAUACUGUUUUAUAAAUAUAUGUAUAUUUUUGGGGUAAAUUUAUCUUUUUAGUUGUCAUUCGUCUGUUGUUAAAGAGGUUGAUUUCUUGUUGAUUUAAAGUCUGUAAAUGCUUUUAUUGUAAUAUCAAGAUAUUAUUAACCAUGUUCAACCAAAUGAUGGAAUGGGAGAUAAUUUGAUUAUACAUUUUUUUACUGUAACCUUUGCAGUAUUUACAAUUUUGUUAUAUAUGCUUCAUUAUUUAUGAGUUUUGAAUAGAAAACUUAAAUAUAUAUCAUUAACUUUGAAACAUCACUUUAAUUUUAUUAAAAACUUAUUUGAAUUUUUAUAAAAUUCUAGUCUACGAAAUUAAGUAGUUUCAAUUUGUAAAGCAGAAAAAAAAAUUGUUUACAUAUCUCUUUAAAAUAUCAUUUUAUGCGAUUGUGCCAAAAGACAAUGUGGAAAAUGUGCUUGGCACUUUCAUGAAAAGAAACUAUGUCCUCUAGAUAAAAUUAUUUUAAAAAUAUAACAGGUCUACUCUAAAUAAAUUACCCAAUAGAAUGGCAAGUUUUUUCCCUACAGAAAUGCAUAAAUGACCAAUUUUGUUUCUUGUUUUAUUUGUUGUAAAUUAUUGCAUGGAAGAAAUCAAAUUUGAAAAAUUCAAGAUAUCAUCUUUAUUUCAUCUUUUUUUUUUCUAAAUAUUUUUUUUUAUGAUAGGAGUGAAUAGAAUGCUUGUUGCAAUAUUUGCUCAGCAAAUUUUGUUGUGGUCUAAGACCUCAAAGAGAAUAAAUGAAAAUGUUUCGAACAUUUUAUGUUGCUGUGCAAUUCAUUCAAGAAUACUGCAAUCAAAAGUAUAGCCUUAGGAUCCAUAUUUAGUUGUAUUUAAAAAUCCAAUGCUAUGUUAAUUUCCUUCUCAACUGCCUUCAUUUGUUCUGUUUUUAUACUGAAUAAUAACAGAUAUGAACAUAAUUUAUGUAAGUUGCAAUGCAUAUCAAAUUAAAGUGACAAGAUGAGAUGAAAAAUUCAGUAUCUUUCAUCUUCGCAUGUACAUGUAGUAGCUGUAAUAUAAAUGCGAGGAUAUAUCCAUAUUUCUUCUGAUUAGCUCUUGUAUGAUUAGUGUUUUGUAAAACAAUAAUAAAAUGAAAGGAAUGUUUGUAUAAGUUCCAAAGUUUUCCUUUCUCUUUUUUGUAAUCUAUAUAGAAAUAUAUAUCUUUAACGAUAGAUUUUGAUUAUGUAGCUUUAAAGUCUUUCAAACCUGUUUAUAAACCCUGUCAUUUUGAUUGAUAUUAUCAAUAAAUCACGAAGUCUCUAA